UUACAACAUUUUCUUGACCUGGUCCUCAUAUACUACCGCCGGCCGGUCGAAUAUCUAUCCCCAUCCUCAUCACUUUCUGAGACUCAACUUUCGUGGUCAUGAGAAGAUACAGUCAUUAAACUGGCAUCGUGCCGACCAAAUCUCUCGGGAUGACUUCGUCUGAUUUUCAGGGUUUGUGCCCAACUCCCUUCUUGCAGGAGAGUUCUUUCCCGGUUACAGGUGGAUUCGUUCCCGGGCGCUUUUGUAUGCCAAUAUCUGAACUUCAGAACUUGACUUGUUGUCUUCCUUGCCCAACAACACAAUGGACAUAUUCUGAUGGAUUCGACGACCGGACGGAAAUCGCCAACUGGGUCAACGUGGCUGCAUUACUCUUGUCAUGCUAUUUGAUACUCUCGUUCCUGGUUCUCCCUGUCAAAUAUACCCAUAGGCACUAUCUCAGCGUCUGCUUGACCCUGGGCGUGCUUUUCAUGGAGCUCGCCUUCAUUGUUGCCUUGGCAGCAAAGCCCGAUCAGUGCUUCAAUGACAUUACUCCCAAUGACAUGCAAACCAGUGGCGUGUGCGCCAUCAGUGGCGCGUUCUUGCUGUUCGGCGGCUGGGCCGUUGUUAUCUGGGUGUUCUGCCGUGCACUCGCUCUUCAUCUGCAGAUCUGCUGGGAGGUCAUACCAGGAAACAAAUUCUUCUACGGAGCGCUCGCUUUUGGCUGGAUCGUUCCCAUUGUUGGUCUGACACUCACUUUGAGCUUGACCGGCGUCUCCUUUCGCUUUGGAGAUGUCUGUCACAUCAAUCACAAAAAUGCUUUACAGGCUUUUUGGGGCCCGCUUCUGGCUUUCGCUGCCUUGGCUAUGGUCCUGCAGUUCAUCACCAUUGGUUAUUGCAUCCACGUCUAUGUUAAAAGCCUAUUGGACGAUAGCACGUCAACAAACAACAGCUCGCAAGCACCGACUUACUCAGGGAGCUUUAGGACCCUUACAGCAAAGCAGACAAUGCGCCGAGUUAAGAGGGUCAUUCAGCUACAAUGGCGGGGAGCCUUCAUAGUCGUCGUCAUCAUCGCCGAGGUGGUGUUCUUUGCGGUUGUUUUUGUAUCAAUGGACAACAGCAGUCAAGUCAACGAGCAGCUUCUAGAGAAAGCGAGCCCAUGGCUUGCCUGCUUAGUUGCUGAAGUAGGAGACAAGAACAAAUGCCUGUCAUAUGCGAAGGACUUGGUCAAGCCAGAGGGUGUGGUACUGGCAGUACUGAUUGUCUUAGGGCUAAGUGGAUUUUGGUGCUUGGUGUUUUUGGGUCGAUGGUCCAUGACUGAAGGCUGGAGAGAAUUCUUCUGUGCGAGACUUCACCGCAAGAACGAAUUUGUCUCUGCUGACGCAAGAUACCUAUCGAACGAUCCCCGUACGUACGAAAUGCUGAGCGGCACCAGGCCUCAAGUGGAUAUCAGAUCGCCAGAUCUCGCCCUGAGUCCAAAUCCACGAGCAUUUACAACUCCAGAACCAGAUGCGAAGCAAGAUUCCUUUGGCUCAACUAGGACCUAUGUCAACCCAUUAUCAAGCUAUUCUUAUCCGAGGGCUCCCAGUCAACAGAUGGACUGGAAUGCAAGAGUGGCACAAGCCAUGAAAGGAGACGGCAAAGGCUUCGACAGUGAGAUCUAUCCGGGAUGAAGAACUAUUGCGGUCAAAAUGGAAGGUACCCACCACAGGAGUUGCGACUCGAGUCCACCUCUUUUGGUCGUCUUCAACGCAUCGUCAGGGUUCGCACCAAGUCCAUCACCGCCACCUCGAUUUUAUCAACACAGUGUCAGGAGAACGACGACAGGGGUUUUUGUUGUCUACCAAUCAACGGAGUUUUCAUU